AUGUCACCUAGUGAAGUUUCGCAACGUACUGAUACAAAUGAAUCAUUAAAACAAGGAGGUGAUACUACAAACUGGCCUACUGACGGGACUGCACUCAUUUGUAUAGAUCCUUGGUUGAAGCCUCAUGCACCAGCUUUACGUCAAAGAUAUGCCGUCUUCAAGGAAUGGGCAGAUAAAAUUGAAAAACAUGAAGGUGGAUACGAGAAAUUUACCAGGGGUUACGAAUACUUUGGGUUAAAUGUUCAAAGUAAUGGUAAUGUUGUGUAUCGUGAAUGGGCGCCUAAUGCUCUCAGUGCCUCGUUAAUUGGGGAUUUUAAUCAUUGGGAUAGAAAAGCUAAUCCAAUGAAAAAAAUGACACAUGGUGUUUGGGAAAUCUCGAUGGAAAUCUCUGGAGGCGAAAUAAUCGAUCGUCUACCAGCAUGGAUAAAGCGAGUGACCCAAGACAUGAAUGUUAGUGUGGCGUAUGACGCCAUUUUUUGGAAUCCUCCGAAGAAAUACGAGUGGAAGAAUAAAACACCGAAAAAACCUUCGAGUUUGAGAAUUUAUGAGGCCCAUGUUGGUAUAUCAUCAGUUGAAGGUCGUAUAGCUACUUAUGACGAUUUCACCAAUAACGUGUUGAAACGAAUCGCAGAUCUCGGCUACAAUGCCAUUCAAUUGAUGGCUAUAAUGGAACAUGCGUAUUACGCGUCAUUUGGAUAUCAAGUCACUAGUUUCUUUGCUGCUUCUAGUCGUUAUGGAACGCCUGAAGCACUGAAACGCUUAAUUGACACAGCCCACGGACUGGGUUUAUAUGUGUUGCUUGAUCUAGUGCAUUCGCAUGCUUGCAAGAAUGUGCUUGAUGGGCUAAAUAUGUUUGAUGGUACAGAUCAUUGUUAUUUCCAUGGAGGUAGUAAAGGCCAACACAGUCUUUGGGAUAGCCGUUUAUUCAAUUACGGCCAUCACGAAGUUCUUCGUUUCUUGCUAUCGAAUGUACGAUUCUAUGUGGAAGAAUAUAAAUUUGACGGGUUUAGAUUUGAUGGUGUGACUAGCAUGUUAUAUAUUCAUCAUGGUAUCGGAACCGGAUUUUCUGGGGGAUAUCAUGAAUAUUUUAGCGAUCAGGUUGAUGAGGAAGCAGUCGCGUAUUUGAUGUUGGCAAACGAUAUGAUCCAUAAAUUAUAUCCCGGAAUUAUAACUGUUGCUGAAGAUGUGUCAGGAAUGCCUGGAUUAGGUCGUCCUGUUGAGGAAGGUGGUCUGGGGUUCGACUAUCGUCUCGCAAUGGCUAUUCCUGAUAUGUGGAUCAAGUUACUAAAAGAAAAGAGAGAUGAUGAUUGGGAUCUUGGAAAUAUUUGCAGUAUAUUAACAAACAGAAGACAUAUGGAAAAAACAAUCGCAUACGCAGAAUCUCACGAUCAAGCCAUCGUCGGGGACAAAACAUUAGCAUUCUGGCUUAUGGACUCAGAAAUGUACACCAACAUGUCGGAUUUGAGCCCAUUAACACCGGUAAUCGAUCGCGGGCUCGCCCUCCACAAAAUGAUUCGUCUUUUGACUCAUGGGUUGGGCGGCGAAGGAUACCUAAACUUUGAAGGAAACGAAUUCGGACACCCAGAAUGGCUUGAUUUCCCACGUGUGGGUAACAAUAAUUCGUAUCAUUAUGCAAGGCGACAAUGGAAUGUGGUGGAUGAUAAGUUGUUACGAUAUCGGUAUUUGAAUGAGUUUGAUAAAGCGAUGCAACAUACUGAAGAAAAGUUUGGAUGGUUGGCUUCGCACCAAGCAUACAUUUCACUCAAGCAUGAAAUGGAUAAAAUCAUUUCAUUUGAACGUGGAAACUUACUAUGGAUCUUCAACUUCCACCCGACAAAAUCUUUUACCGACUACAGAAUCGGCACGGAGUGGGCGGGCGAGUACCAUGUUGUGUUGAAUACCGAUUCGAAGCAGUUUGGUGGGCACGAACGGAUUGAUGUGUCGAUACCAUAUUUUUCAACACCUGAAGGGUGGCAUGGGCGAAAGAAUUUUAUCCAGGUUUACAUUCCAUGUCGCGUUGCUAUUGUCUUGUCUCAUAAAUCGACCGCCUAA